UCCAUUAAACCCCAACCCAUAACCUCAACCCAGGGUUGCGAUUAUGUCCUUGGUUUUGGGGCUUUGCACCCCGACCAUACUAUCCUUUCCAUAAAGUACGAUACCCCCCUCUCAGGCUCACCUUAUCGUUUCCUUCCUCGCCCCCAUUCCUCCUCUGGUUUUCUUCACCCAAAGGCCUUCCCAUUUGGUCGGCCAUAAGCUACUUCCCUUAUUGCCAUGGAGCCAGACAGGGAUUGGUCAUCGUAUCACUUCCAUCAAAACUCGAUGACGACAGGGGAUUACAAUCCGGAUGAUCAUCAAUCCAUGGACAAUUUGUCGAUUGGGCUCGACGAUCCGCCGCCUCCCAGGAUUGACCACAAUGUCCCAACCAAUGCACGCAGGCGGAUCAAUGCACCCAUGGUGCAAGAACAAGCGUUUGUCAAUGAACUAGCUAGUGCAUCUAGCGGCUACCCCAUCACUCCAGGUUCUUCCCAAAUUCAAACCUGGUACACGGAUCCCACCGUAUACACUUCAUCCAGUGUGGGGGAAUCAAGCAGCCAAUAUCAGCACAACACGCACCAGGAUGAGGCACCAAUAGACCCCUCGCUGUCUCGAACCAACCCAUAUGCAUUCCUCGGUUCUGGACUCCCCAAUCCAUCUCGUCCGCCUUAUUUGAACAUCCCCACUAGCAAUGAUGUGAGCACCGUCGAGCCAACCCUCUCGGGCCUAAAUGCCGAUGAAACAAUCUCUCCACCUUCGGCUUCUGUUCGCCCUGGGCCAGACCCAAGGAGAGUCGCCACAUCCCAUACCUUGGGUGUCCCGAGUCAGGGAGCCCAAUUUAUUGUGAACGAUGAUCCUCUUCGAGAUGUUCGAAAUGUAGUCAUGCGGAGGCUGGGACAAACCCCUACCUGGCAGAGAGUAUUUCAAGAACGACCGGACCUCUAUGCGGACCUGUAUGCGGACCUCGAUGAGAUCCUUGCUGCCCCGACAGCUGCCCCGACAAGAGUGAACGGCAUGCAGAUACCGCCCUUACCACGCCCGCCGCCGGACAGCGUGCCGAUACGCAAGCAGCGCAGAAAACCCGGAGUAGCCUACCGCUGUCGGCAUUGGGAGUGUGAUCGGGAUGAGGAUACGAUUACCACUGUGGUGUUCAAAAUUGUACCUCGUUUUGGGAACCACGUUUACAUCGCCCUGACAAGCUUCUGGAUCAUUAUCCUGACGCACACGGGCUGGGCCGCCCUUCUCCAAGUAUCAUCGAAGCAUAUAGGCACGAGAAUCUUUGCCCACCUUUUUGCCCACUCUGUCGAGAAAAUGUUGGAGAUUGGGAGGAAUUCUAUGCUUGUUUUCUCAAGCACUGCAAAGAGGCACCCAAAGCUUCAGCAUCUCGAGACAGUCAUCGUCGUGGGAAGAGGCGUCGCGAUCGAGAUAACUCGGACAAAGGCAACUUCAAUGGCGGCACAAGCAACGGGGGUUUUGUAUCUCAACAAGGAUACGGGCACUUUGGCAAUGCUGGCGAGGCGUCCAACACAUGGCCAUCUGGCUCUGAUGGCUAUCAACAAGGCCGAUCUCAUCAACAGGGUGGCUGCAACCAACAUAGCAGCCGGCCUCAAUUUGAUCCGAGCAACUUACAAGACCAACCAACAUCACAAGGGUCGAGGAGUCAUUGCAAGUCUUGCCAGCAUUUCCAAAUUUGCUCUUCUUGUUGCAAGAGCCCGCCGUCUACGCUAUUUUGUCAUGCCUGUCCGGAUACGCAGCGCGCUUUAG